AUGUUACCCCAUUAUCCAGCCAAUUUCCCAGCUCUCGAGCAUUUGGGAACAAGUUUAAACAGUGAUUGUCAUUUUAUGCCAAAUAGAAAUCGAUAUUUAUCACCAUUAUCACCAUAUUCAUUUGGACUAUCGAACUCAAUAUGGUCAUUGCCAUUUUCAUUUAUGAAAGCAACUCAUAGUGCAGAAAAACCACCGUUCUCAUACAUAGCAUUAAUAGCAAUGGCUAUUUCGUCGGCACCAAAUCAAAGAUUAACUUUAAGUGGAAUUUAUAAGUUCAUUAUGGAUAACUUCCCAUAUUAUCGAAGUAAUCGUCAGGGUUGGCAGAACUCAAUUCGUCACAAUCUCAGUCUAAAUGAUUGCUUUUUAAAAGUUCCACGCGAAAAAACGACAUUAACAAAUUCAUCGUCUGAUGAUACAUCAAGUACGGGUGAGAAUGGAAAGGGUAGUUAUUGGAUGUUAGAUCCAAGCGCAGCAGAUAUGUUUGAGGCGGGUAAUUAUCGUAGACGACGUACACGACGACAAAGACACGCGAAAAUGUUAUUAAGCGGACAAUUUCAUCAACAACAAUCACCAUCAGCAUUUACUAUCUAUCCAGAGCUAAUGCAACGAGCUCAUUUACAGCAAGCGCAUGCAUUUGCAUUAAGCCUCGAGCACCAACAACAACAACAACAAUGCCAUGAACAACAAAUGCAACAAAAUUCACUCAUAAAGGCAGAUUAUGAUGACAGUGAGAAUAGUGAUAAUGAUGCGGCAACAGCUGAACAAAGUCAUGAUGAUGAAACCACUAAGCACAUUAAUGCCUUAGAUGCGACCGAUCAUACCACAAAUUUUCCAUCAUCCACGACUCCUGCCACAUCCACCACUUCCGUUGCUGCCGCCAAUUAUUUGAGCAAUUUAGAUAAGCUGUUGAAAAAUCAAUUUUUGCAUCAAAUAAAUUUCCAUGCGGCAAUUAAUGAAUGCAAUCGUGGUGUAAACCAUCGUGACCAUUCGAAUACCGAUUUAAUGACUCGCGAUAAUGAUAGUAAAAUGAAUUUGAAAUCAACAAAUUUUACAAUUGAAAAUUUAAUUAGAAAAUAG